AUGAGUGUCCAUGUGGUCUCGACUUCAGCUCCUCACGAUGUUAAAUUGACGGCCGAACAAAAGCUAUAUUGGCUCAAUGCGCUACAGGUGGUUGGCGAUUGGUCAGUGCAUGAUGAUGGCGAUGGAAGGCUGUUUUAUUAUAACCAUACGACGAAUUUAUCUCAAUGGGAAGUACCUGAAGGUCUUGCGUCACUCGAGACGGAGUUUAUGAUGAAGCUCAUGCUACAGAAUGCUGUGGCUCGCUCAGGCUCUUGGACAGCACAUGAUGCAGGUAAUGGUACAAUGUAUUACUUUAAUGCAAAUACGCGCGUGUCGGUGUGGGAACGUCCGAGUGAAUGGGGCGAGGCGGAGGCUGUUGCAACUGCAGCUGUCGAAGCUCGUGAACGGGAAGAAGUAGUGGAAGAAAAGAGAGAAAAGGAGAAGGAAAAGGAGAAAGUAAAAACGCGGAAGAAGGAGAUGAAGGAACGCAAGAAAAACAAGAAAAAACUGGAGAAACAGGCAGAGUUGAAGAAGGUGGAGGCGGAAAAGGAGGCAACAGAGAUAAAAGUAGUGCAGGAAGAAGAACCGUUGACAGCAGAGGAAUUGAAGGAGGAAGAGGAGCAUCAUGCGCGUAAACAGAAAUGUAUUGAGCAAUUUUGUGCCAUGCUUUGUGACAAGAACAUUAUGCCUUUCUGUAAGUGGUCAGUGGCUUUGCCACAGAUCGCAGGAGAUCCACGCUUUUUGGGCGUACCGUCGAUGGAUGAGAGGCGCGCGAUUUUUGAGCACUUUGUUGAACACCGUCGGGAAGAUUUGAAGGUUGAAAAGAAGAGCAAGCUCAAGCAUGCAAAGCAAGUAUUUAUGCAGCUUUUGCGCGAACAGUUUCAGGUGGAGUCCUGGGAAGCCAAUACUCCAUUAAGUGUGUUUCUAUCGACAUUGCAAGACAAUCUUGGACCUGAACGAUACAAUGAGGUUCAAAAUGACGCCCUCGCUAUAUUGACGUUGUCUGCUCAAGAAAAGCUUUACUCGAAGGCAGUAGCAGAAUAUAAGUCGGAAGCGCUCAAGCGUGAUGGGGAGCAGCUACGGCUUACAAAGUUUCUGGAGGAUAAGCUUGCUACGAAUGAUAACUUAAUAACAUUGCAGUGGGAGAGUGACGACGUUCAAGAGCUGCUUCGUGAGUUUUACAACUCUGCAUUUUUGAGUGGUAUGCUACUGUCAGAGCAAAAGCAGAGGCAAGUGUUUGACGAGUUAAUGGCGCGAAAGGUUUAUGAUCGGACUUUGGAAUACAAAGCGGUAGAUGAAAAGCAAUCAGAUGGCUUACCCCGGCAGGAUCACUCGACGGACAAGGCGCAGUCGCAGCCGGUCGCCAUCUCGCGAGCGUGGAAAGCGAUAUCGCAGCCGAAGAAGCAGUCGGCAUCGCUCGCCAUCUUCGUCACGCUCGCGUUCUCGGGGGCGAUCGUCUCGGAGAUCUUCUAG